GUCUUAUCUUUCCAGCUCAUCUUUGAUGGCCGGACUCUUGCAAACCACUGCGUUAGUUAAGUAGAACAAUCACAGCUAGAUUUGUGCACCUUUCACAGGAAACAUGGUCAGUUCAGCCCAACAGUUUCCUCUCUGCGGGGAACAGAAAUAAGCUACAGUGAGCAGGUCUCUCGAACCCGAUAGGCUGAUGCAAGUUCAUAUCAAAAAGAGGAAGUGCUCUCCUCCAGCUCAGUCGUGCUGAUGUUUUGGUAAUGUUUCACAGUUCCGGCUGUGACACAGGGAGUCGGCGUAUUUUGUUGUUCACAACUCUUUUAGCAGCAGCUUUCUUGUGGUGUUUGGCAGCGCGAUCCAGGAGUGUGCUAACCGGAGAGGGAGGCUCCGGCCCGGGCUCACCGCACUCCCCCAGACCCAUGGAGAGGCCACUGAAGGCCGGCUGGCUCAAGAAACAACAGCGGUCUUUAGUCAAGAACUGGCAGCAGCGUUACUUUGUACUGAGAGGGAGCACUCUGACCUACCACAAAGACGACAAGGAGACCACUGUCCAGGGAGUCAUCCAGCUGCGGUUCAAUAAAGUUAAUGACCUCCCUCCAAACUCUGAUGACCCCGGGAAGUACCUCUUUGAGAUCAUACCACGCACAACCAAAGACAGAGAGAGAUGUCCCUAUGUGUUCAUGGCAAACUCCCAGAGUGACAUGGAGGAGUGGGUCCGCACUCUGCGCAGAGUCAUUGGAGUACCAACAAGUGGAGUGUUUGGAAAGGGUCUCAAGGACACAGUAACAUAUGAGCAAUGGUUUGGGCCUCACAUGGUGCCGAUCCUGGUGCAGAAGUGUGUGGAGUUCAUCAAAGAGCGCGGCCUGGAUGAAGAGGGCAUCUUCCGUCUCCCGGGUCAGGACAACGCUGUCAAACAGUUCAGAGAUGCUUUUGAUGCAGGAGAGAGACCCUCCUUCCCCAGUGACACUGAUGUCCACACGGUGGCGUCUCUGCUCAAGCUGUACCUCCGCGAGCUUCCUGAGCCCGUGGUGCCCUGGACUCAGUACCAAGACUUCCUGGACUGCACCACCCAGCUGGACUCCAGCAGCACACAGGGUUGGAAAAGUUUUGAGAAACAAAUUGCUCUUCUGCCCAGAAUCAACUACAACCUUCUCAGUUAUGUUUGCCGGUUUUUGUUUGAGGUGCAGCUGCACGCCAAGGUGAAUAAAAUGAAUGUGGAGAACUUGGCUACAGUGAUGGGGAUCAACCUGCUCAAACCUCAGAUAGAAGACCCCAUCACUGUGAUGAAGGCGACUCCUCAGAUCCAGACGCUGAUGACGGUGAUGAUCAGACAGCAUGAGACUUUGUUUCCUCUCUCUAAAGACGUCCUUCCCUCCCCUCCCUCAAAAAAAGCGGAAAACCAGAAGAACACUCCCCGAAGCUUCGUGGGCUGGGAGUCUGCAGAGAUGGGUGAUGCAUCGUUGUCUGAGUCUCCAGAAGAGGAGGAGGACAUUGACAGUCCAGAUCCAGUGACCGAAAUCUGCAGCCCCCAAAACAUGCUUCAGGAGCCUCCCUCCACUUCCGUAGACGACUGGACGGGAAGUCCCCGCAAACGCACUCAGACCCUUCCCACCUUCAACUGCCCGCUCACCGGCAUGGCAGCCAAGGCCGACGCGAUCAACCGGUGGAGUCACAUCCACGAGGUCGUGGAGGAGAAGAGCGGGACAUUGUCAGAGGACAUUUUUAAGAUCCUAGACCUUCGAAGUUCAGGUUCAUUGUUCCCUCAGAUGAGCAACAAGGAGAGAGAGGAUAAGUUAUUAACAGUCCAAAGAGGAAGUGACACCGCAGGUUCUUCAACUGCUGUGUCCCUAAAACCUGACAGCGGGGCCCGGCCUUCCCGGGUGCUGCUUCCUCAAAAGAGGAUGGGGAACCGGACGGGUCCAGACCAGCAGGUCAACAGCCGGUCUGAGCAGAAGAAAGACAGCCAGCAGCUCGUAGACAGUCUGCAGCAGGAGAACGACGAGCUGAAGGCCACGGUGGCCGAGCUGCAGUCUGCCCUGGUGGCAGACCGCCGCCACAUGGCCGCUCUGGAGAUCUGCCUGAGAAAUGCCGAACGCAGCCGAGACGAGGCCCAGAGACGCAACGAGGAGCUGCAAAAAGACAUUCAGAACUUCCCCACCAAAAAGACACACGCUUCGACCUAACAGUCAUGUUCAGACUCACUAGUAUUUCGAUUUAUGGCUCCAUUAACCUCAACAGAGACGAUUUGACAUGAACUGGUUGUGGACAAAUACAAUGUGUCCUUCAGUGGGAUCGCAUUAGAUUGUUUCCAUUUGAGCUCUGUUUGGUCCUCAAGAUAAAUUAUUGGUUCAUUUUAUUCAUGCCUGUGAGGAAAGUCUGUUAAGAAGAGAUCUAAAUAGGUUUUAAUAUCACUAUUCACAUUAAAUACAACAAUAACAAACAUGUGCCCCUCCCCCACGAUGAACUGCUCUGAUCUGAUGUGUCCGGGGCGACGUCAGCUGAGACUGAAUCCUUUGACUUGAGGUCUAGUGGACUGAAUUAAUGUUGAUGUUGGACAGUACAAACACUUUGUCAUAUGUGGAUUGACAAGUCCAUGAUUUGGUGUUUCCUUUCAGUGGUAAAUUAAUAAAACAGCACAGAUUUAAAUGAUUGUUGUUGAUGUAUAAAACUAUCUUAUAUGGCAA